ACCUGAGCCGGCGAGGCGGCGAGGUCCUUUGCGCGCCGGGACCAAAUCACCUGCAGGCCGAGGGAGGGGCCGGCGAGCGCGGGGGGCUGCAGGGCCCCCAGUGGCCCAGGAGCUCCGGAGGACGAGGGUGUCCAGCCCCCACCCCCGGCCCAGCCAGCCUGCCUGGGAGGAGGCCCAGCUGCCGCCCACGUCGCGGCCAAGCCUCGGCCAUGGCAGCCCGGCUCGCCCUGUUCCUGGUGGCCCUGGCAGGGCUCCCUCUGGCCCAGGCCCUGGACUGCCACGUGUGCUCCUACAACGGAGAAAACUGCUUCAACCCCCUGCGCUGCCCAGACAUGGUGGCCUACUGCAUGACCACGCGCACCUACUACACCCCGACCAGGCUGAAGGUGAGCAAGUCCUGCGUGCCCACCUGCUUCGAGACCGUGUACGACGGCUACUCCAAGCACGCGUCCACCACCUCCUGCUGCCAGUACGACCUCUGCAACGGCGCGGGCCUGGCCGCCCCCAGGGCCCUGGCCCUGGCCCUGGCCCCCACACUCCUGGCCACCCUCUGGGGGCUGCUCUGACCCCCCACCCUGCCCGCUCUCCCCGCACACCCCAGGCCUCUGCCCCAGGCCCCUCCCCCAGGGCCCUGCUCCCAGGCUUUCGCCGUGGGCGCUGGGCAGUACGGGGCAGCGCUGGUUGGCUCAGUGGGCGAGGGCGGGGAGCUCGGCCCGCCUCUGGCCAAGGAUAGCCCUCUUCGGUCCCUGCGGUCACUGGCCCGAAGGGCGCCUGCCCAGCCUGCCUGUCUGUUGUGUGGCCAGGCCGGGAGGUGGGGCCACGGGAGGCCAGGGCAGGCCUGGCAGGGAGAGCCGUCCCUUCCCACCCCAGGGUACCUGGCGUCCGACUGUGGCCGAGUCGUGGGCACGGAGGGUCACAGAGGCAGGCCCGGCCCCCGUCACCAUCCCCGGAGGCACGGUCCAGCCUGCCCUGGGGGGCUCCCAGCCGCCCAGAAGCUGGUCAGUGCGACGGUGAUGUCCUCUUGCUCAGCCAGGUCCCACAGGCGGCUGGCCACAAAGCUGUCUCUACCUCCGGCCUGCUGACAGCUGACCCCACGGCUAUUUUGGGCCAGGAGGGAAGGAGCAGUCUCACCCUGCUUCCCGCUGGCUGCAGCCUGGGCGCCUGGGGAGUGCUGUUUGCGGGGGCCAACUGCAGCCCCCAGAGUCAGGCUAGCCAGGCUCAUGGUCUCUCGGCCACAAGGGCACUCAACAAGGGGGGGGGGGAGCUGCCGGGGCUUGGGGGAGCAGGCUGGGGGUAAGGAGAAGGGGGGGAGCCACAGGGAGGUGGGGAGCGGGCAGCGCGAGGGGGCGUGGGGGACGAGCCAGGCACCUGCGGCUCCCCAGUCCACCUGCCUACCCUUCCGGGUCCAGGGAGCCAGCUGGCCUUGCCCAAAAGCCCUCAAGCUCCCAGGCCCAAAGGGCACCUGCCGGCUCCCGGGGCGGGCGGUGGGCGGGCCAGGGCUAGUGGGCCCACCUCUGGGCUCGUGGCCACACUCCCUGUCCCCAGGCAGCCUGCUUGUCCCUCGGGCGGUGGCCCUCAGCGGACACCUGCGUGGCAGGGCCCGACACCUGGGUCGGGUCAGCAGCUGUGCCCGCUCCAGGCACGGGAGGGAGCGGGGUGCAUCCACUCCCGUGGCCGCUGACCUGCCACGCUUGGGGGACAGUGGAGGGACUGGGGCGCCCCCUGCCCCGGCCCACAGCCAGCCCUGACCCGCAUCGCACCUGCAGGCAUCCGCUGUCUCCUGGGUCUCCUGGCCACUGCAGGCGGCAGUCCGUGGUGGCCUGCCUCCUGGGCCCGCGCGAGUCCCCUCCCGCCACCCGCUUCCCAGCCCCAGCUCCCGGGCGCCCGCCCGCCCGCGCCCCCUGCCCGGAGGACCGAGGGAAUAAACAGUCGAGAAGCCUC